GGUUUUUCUAGUUAUUGUCAACCGCGAAUUGGUGCCCAUCAGCAUCUGUCAGUCUUUCACGGCGUUGUUCUACAAAGAGUAAAUAAAAACGACUCUAUGAAAUUCUGUCAAACAUAAAAAUCUGCACUAAGUAUAUAAAAUCAUGAGCAAUAUUUAUAUACAAGAACCACCCACUACGGGUAAAGUGGUUAUGAAAACAACAGUUGGUGAUAUAGAUUUGGAGUUAUGGACCAAGGAAGCUCCAAAAGCAUGCAGGAAUUUUAUACAAUUGUGCAUGGAAGGAUAUUAUGAUAAUACAAUAUUUCACAGAAUUGUAAAAGGAUUUAUUGCCCAAGGAGGUGACCCGACUGGAACUGGUGAGGGGGGUGAGAGUAUUUAUGGAGAACCUUUCAAGGAUGAGUUCCACACAAGAUUACGUUUUUGCCGCAGAGGUUUAUUGGCAAUGGCGAAUGCAGGCAAGGAUGACAAUGGUUCCCAAUUCUUUUUUACACUUGCAGCAACGCCUGAAUUGCAAAAUAAACAUACUAUUUUUGGAAAAGUUACUGGUGAAACUAUUUAUAAUAUGCUCAAGCUGGAGGAUGCGCUUGUCAAUGAGCAUGAACGACCAGUGUAUCCACAGAAGGUCUUAAAAACAGAAGUGUUAAGCAAUCCAUUCACAGACAUUGAACCUAGAAGCGUCUCAAACAGAAGCGAUGAGGAGAGAAAUAAGAAAAAGGAUAAAAAAUCUGGUGUAAAAAAUUUCAAAUUACUAUCUUUUGGCGAAGAAGCCGAGGAAGAUGAGGAGGAAUCCGUAGUAUUGAAUAAACAGUUUGGCGGAAAAGGAAAAUCAGCUCACGAUAAUUUAGCAGAUCCAAAGUUAAGCAGUCAGGCUGCGGUGGAACCUGCAGGGCCACCAAGUAAAAAAAUUAAAGAAGAUCGUAGUAGCGACUGGGAAAGUGGGGAUGAAAUGAAAACUCCUGAAGAAUUGGCAGCAAUAUCAAAAGAAAAGCAAGAGAUGAAAGAAAGAAUAAAGAAUAAAUUAACACACUCAAAAAAGUCUUCCAGUACGACAAAGCUCGAUGAUUAUAAGGUGAAUGACAAGGAGGAUGAUAACGAUUCAGACGUCGAGGAAUAUUAUCUAGGAAAAGCGCGAGAUGAUGAAAGAAAAAAGAAAGCGGAAGCCAUAAGGAAAGAAAUCCGCGAGUUGAAGCGCGGUGUUAAAAACGAGAAAAUAGCAAAGGAAGAAAACGAGAAAAUGAAAGUGGAACUUCAGGAAAAAAAGGAAAAGAAAUCUGAAAUUUUAAGGGAGUACAUAGAAACGCAGGAGAAGUACAAAGAUGCUAAAUCGAAAUUACCUAAGAAAGGUCCAUCACGUGAGGACUUUACGCUUCAGAUGUUAAAAAAAUUUCGGAGCAAACUUCAAACCGCUAAGGAACAGGUAGCAGAGACGACUUCGAGCGAAGAAAAGAAAACUGAAAAGAACGAUGAUGAGGAUGACCCAACUGAUGAAUCAUGGAUGACACAUACGUUACGCUGCGAAGAAAAGUCGGCAGUCUUAGCUAAAGAUGCCAGUACUAAGGAUGAUGAUUGGUUUGAGAUUUACGAUCCAAGGAAUCCUUUGAAUAAGCGACGACGAGGCGAAAAGUCUCAAAAGAAUAAGGACGAUAAAAAGAGUUACCAUCGGCACAAAUAAAUACUAAGUACAGUAUACGGUAGGAUGUUGGCCCCAUACUGUAUCAGUAACAAAGGGUUCCAGUUGCAAUGUAAACAAUGAUGCAUUGUAAAUAAAAUAUUUCUUGUACAUACAA